AGUUUUCGAACGACUUCGAUACUUUCCUCAAAUUUAAUUGUAUUAUGCAGUAAAUUUAAAUUGUGCAAAAUACGUGAAAAUUGUUUUAUUUGUAGUGUUUACCUCCCUGAAAUAUUGACAGUUCUUAUUAUUUUAGAAAUGUCAAUAAUUGACGUUAAGUUAAAUCAGUUGCAGUAUUUUGUGUAUAGUAAAUGUCAGAUGUUGGUUGUCUCUGAUUGUAGUUUGGUGUUAGUCAAAUGAGAGGCUUCUCAUUUCGUUCUACAUUAAAAUUAGAAAUAAUGAUAAAAUUAGAUGAAAAUUCCAUAUUAAGUUGACUAAAACAAGUAAUUUAAGUUUCUUUUAUUAAAGUUACAAUAUGUCAGGAGUAUUUGGAUAUAGCCGUGAAGCAGUAAGGGUAAAAGUUAAGAAAUUUGAAGGUAAUCAACCUGUAGAAAUGCGAAAAUUCAGUGUAGAUCCCCAAAUCACAUCAAUUGAAGUAUUACGAAGUAUUUUAGCGAAAGCCUUUGAUUUAAAAACAGAUUUUACAGUAUUUUUUAAAAUAUAUGAUAUAAACGGCUAUGAAUCAUAUAUGCCUAUAUUGUCUGAAUGGGAUCUAGAUGCAGCAUUCCUCAAAGCUCAUAAUGCAUCUGUAGCUACUAAUACAGAACCAUGUUUAUCACUUAAAGUUGAUUUAUGUAGGAAAAGUUAUGAUGAUAGGGAAAUAAAACAAAAUGUCCAUUUUAUUACGCAAAUUAAAACAACAACAAGUCAAGAAGCUAAACCUUCCCCGAGAUUGCAUGGGAUCUUUAAUCAAGUCGGUAAAACACUUAAUAUGGUCCAAAGGGCGUUCAAUCUUGGAGAAGAAGUUAAUAACACUGCACUACAACCACCAAGACAACCAUUAUCAGAUGCAGAAUUUAGAAGGUUUCUGGAUCCUGUAGGACAAAUUGUCUAUGCUAAAGAACUAAGAUCUGUUAUUUAUUUUGGAGGGAUUGAUCCCAGCUUAAGGAAAGUUGUGUGGAAGCAUUUGCUUAAUGUCUAUCCAAGUGGUAUGACGGGUAAAGAGCGAAUGGAUUAUAUCAAGAAGAAGGCAUCUGAAUAUAUAGACUUGAAAGAAACGUGGAAGACUGCCAUCGCUCAAGGUCAAGUGGCUGGAGAAUUAGCUUAUACCACUGGAAUGGUUAGAAAGGAUGUAUUGAGAACAGACAGACAUCAUCCAUUUUAUGCUGGCAGUGAUGACAAUCAAAAUAUUGCUGCCCUAUUCAAUAUACUUACCACCUAUGCCCUCAAUCAUCCGAAAGUAAGUUACUGUCAGGGCAUGAGCGAUUUAGCAUCACCAUUAUUAGUGACUAUGAACGACGAAGCUCAUGCCUACAUUUGUUUCUGUGCAUUGAUGCAACGACUUUGUACUAAUUUUAUGAUAGACGGAAUCGCCAUGACACAAAAAUUCACUCACCUAGCAGAAGGAAUUUUGUAUUACGAUCCCGAAUUUUAUAACUACCUAAAAAUACAUCAGGCUGAUGAUCUUUUAUUUUGUUACCGUUGGCUUCUACUAGAAAUGAAACGGGAAUUCGCUUUCGAAGAUUCCUUGAGGAUGCUCGAAGUAUUGUGGAGCUCUCUUCCUGCCGAUCCACCAGAAAAAGAACUGAAGUUGUUUGAUACGUUAUUCCAACCUUCGGUAUCUACCACACCGCCGGUUAGUCCUCUAGUUAAAACCCCAAGGGAGAACGCUUAUACCAAGAUAAUAGCUUUGAGAAGACAGAGUAGUUCGAUGUCUCUAAACAGUGGUAAUGCCAAUCAAAAAGUUAAAAGACAAAAUCACAGUUUCGACGAAUCUAUCAAUAAGAGUAAAACGGUUUCCGGUAUCAAAACGAAAUACCAAAGUUUGGACGACGCGGUUCUACGAAAUUCGGACGAUUCGAGUCCCAAAUCGCCCAAAAAUAGUGAAGUAUCGAAUAGUUCGUUGAAAUUCGUCGAACUUAGAUCGAGAUCUAUAUCACCGAUAGAACAAAAGUCUGAUUCGGUUAUUUUGAAUAAUAGGAUUAAUUGUCAUCAAACGUUAAAUAAAAAAAGUGCAAGUUUAUCAUCGAGUAUGACGAAUUUGAUUAGGAAUUCCAAAAGGACGGGUCAUUUUAAGGAUCUGAAACAGAAAUUGUUUUCGUCUUUGGAUCGAUUGGAUUCGACGCAUUCCAUUAAGGAAGAAGAAGAAAAUAGACCGCAACAGGGACUUUUGGUGAAGAAUCUAAACGAAUUCUUCAAACUUAGCAGCGAUGCAAAAAGUGAUUUAUCGGAUAAACCAAAAAUCACCCUCACCAAAUCUAGUAUCGACGAUUCCGAAAACUCCAGUUCAUCCCGACAUUUUUCAUCGACUAAUAAUAGCAGCGACGACACCAGCCCCGACGAUUCGCAAGAUUACUACCCCGUAACGACUUCCGUUACAAGGGAAUUAAAAUUGGAAUUGGAACAUUUGGAUCGAACUGUGUUCGGUGAAAAAAUCGUCGAUAGAUUAUCAGAAUCUCCAAUUAAUGAUAAAAACAUCACCAAACAAGUCGAAUCAAAGGAAAAUAAAAGAAGCGACAAUGUUUUUGUAUGGGAAAAUCCGCUUCAUCAAAAAAGUCAAAACACACCGGACGAACAAGCGGAAAUCGAUUUCGAAACAGCUCCGGAACCUACUUCCAACGGUAUAGUGCCGAAUAUGACGAAUUCCUGCGAAGAAGUUACCGAAGCUAUCAAAAUACCAUCUCUUUUACCGCCCCCGACUGAAUUCGGAGGCGGUAAUCCGUUUUUGAUGUUUUUGUGCAUUACAUUAUUGAUGCAACACCGUGAUCAUAUCAUAAGUAAAUCGAUGGACUACAACGAAAUGGCGAUGCAUUUCGAUAAAAUGGUGAGGAAGCACAACGUCGUUAGAGUUUUGAAUCAAGCUAGACAGAUGUACGCGAGGUACAUGAAGCAACACAGUAUAGCUCAACAGAGGUUGGACUUCGAAGAUUGUUAGGUUAUGGUGAUUUUUUUUUCGUUGAACAGUACUGUGAUAUUUUUAAUUUUAUUUAUUUUUAUUUAUGUGUGUAUAAGAAGCUCCUUUAUAUUUGAGUCGUCCUAACUAACGAUUUUUAAUAAACUUUAAAUAUCUAAAAAUUGAUUAGGGAAGUAAUUUUCAAUUUAAAAUGAAUCGAGGGCUUAAAAGUAAAAGUAGGGAAAGGCGAGGCGGAACGAAGUGGCUAGCUUUUAACUCGUUUUGUAAAUAUGAAAAUUAAAAUCUACUUAAAAUAGAACGAAUAUUCCAUAAUUGAUGACUCAGUUUCAAAUGCUAUCGGUCUUGUAAUGUCCUUUUUUUUUAUUUUCACUAAAAAGACUCUUUCCCUAUCCUACUGGCUGCGCCAUUUUCUUGCCUUCCAGUUAACUCCCAAAUAUCUUUUCUGUACAGUUGAGAUAGCUACUACAACAAACGUAAUACAGCAAAGUCUAUGCUUGUCUUUCUUGGAUUUACUUUGUACUUAAAAUUCAUCAUUUUUCUUUUCUUUUUGUAGACUUAUACGGAAUCUCAAAUUAUUAUUAAAAUUAUUGUUUUUCCUACACCAAAAGCAGUAGCUAUAUAUCUCUUGCUUUUCUUUGAUGUUUUAUCUCCAAAAUUUUUGGAUCAAUGAAAACUUCAAACGUCGUCCUUCCAGGAAGAUCUUUUAAAACAAUUUGAUGGCUGAGCUUCAAAUGAUAACGGUCUUGAAAUGUAAUUUUUUCUUUUCUAACUAAAAGCACUAUUUCGAGAUCCUAGUGUCUGCGCCAAUUUCUUGCGAAAAUAUUUUCUCUCUAGUUGAGAUAGCCACUUUAACAACGUAUUACAACAAAUCUCCUCCAAGGUCUCUUCUUGUCCUUCUAAAAUUUGAUCAUUUUCCUUUUUUUCUCGUAGACAAUGAGCCGGAUCCGAAAAUUUCUGGGUAGAUGAAAACUUCCAAGAAGAUUUUCAGAAUAAUUUGGUGACUGAGCUUCAAAUGCUGUCGAUCGAGCAUGGGGGAUAAUUUUAUGAACUUUUUAGGCAAAUUAAAAUAUAAAGGGGCUCUUACAUACAGUUACUAUGGUAUAUUUUUGAUUUAUUUCAAUUGUAUCAAUUUAUUAAAAUAGUUUAAGAAGUAAAAGUGCACCCAAUAAAAUAAUUCUUUAUUAGAAA